CACCAUUACAAAAUGGAUGACAGAAAUCAAAAUUCAUCCAGAUUUCGUUACAAUAAUACCAAUUUUUAUUAGAUUUAAGUAACUUUUAAAGCGUGCGCCACCAUGGCGAGACACAGGAAUGUACGCACUAUGAACUACGAGGACGAGUAUGAUGGUUACGAUGAUGUCUAUGGUCAUUCCUUUGAUGACAGUGAGAUAUGUGCAUCCCCUGCAACUGCCUCUCAGUUCAUGUUCAACCGUGAUGGUGGCACACAUGCCUUGUCAUCAUUUAUGCACAAAGAAUCCUCCAUACCUGAGGAGCUACAAGAGGACCUGAGUGAUGAGGAGACACAACCUUUGAAUGAUUCUCGUAACUACCAGAGACCAAAACUUAGUGAUAUUGAUGAAGCUCGGCUCAACUCGUGUCUAGAGGAGAUUCGUAAUGUACUUGGUGACUCUACUCCAGAGCAUGUUCUCAUUGAAGCAAUCUUGCAACAUCAGUUCAACUUUGAGAAGGCGUUAGACCACCUCCUAUUACAAAAAGAAGCUCCUAAGGAGCAGCGACCACCAAGAGAAUCAAGGAGAACAGAUGAAGAAUGUGACUCUAUGUCCUUUACUUUAGAGAAAGGGAGAGUUGAUCCCCAAUUACCUGUUAAUCCCAUUAUAUCUAAUGUUAAACCUCCACCUGGAUUUAAAGCUAUUUGUCAUAAUGAAGUAUCAUCCCCUGGUUUAGAUAAGUCCACUGUAUCCACUCAAAGUAAAUUAUCAAGUUAUCAAAUUAAAAAAAAUACAGGAGCAUCCCCAAUUAUGUCACUUGGUCAGUUGACAGAAGCUCAUACAAAAAGCGCAAAUCAGGAAACAAGUGAACUUAACACUGGUGAAAUACAAAAAGGAAAAUAUGGAGAAUCCAAAGGGAAAGACCAAUUUGCUGCUGAAAAGUCGAAGCAAGGUGAAGAUAUACCGAGGUCUGGUAUGUCAUUGUCAGCAUUAGCAAAACAACAUCAAACUCCUUCACCAGAUUCAGUUUCUCAGACAUCAACGGUACAAAAUCCAAGUCUGUCCAUGCUAGCAGGAAAACAUGCUGGUUCUCCUGGACAGGGGCUCUCAUUGUCUGCCAUAGCAAAGCAACACUCUUCCAAUCCAUUACCAUCUUCUGGCCUGUCAUUAUCUGAUUUAGCCAAGCAACAUUCUGCAAGUCCACCCCAUUUCAGUUCUGGUGUAUCAUUGUCUGAUUUAGCCAAGCAACACUCUUCAAGCCCAACUCAUUUCAGUUCUGGUGUGUCGCUGUCUGAUUUAGCCAAGCACCACUCUUCAAGCCCAACUCAUUUCAGUUCUGGUGUGUCGCUGUCUGAUUUAGCCAAGCAACAGUCUGCAAGUCCACCCCAUUUCAGUUCUGGUGUAUCAUUGUCUGAUUUAGCCAAGCAACACUCUUCAAGCCCAACUCAUUUCAGUUCUGGUGUGUCGCUGUCUGAUUUAGCCAAGCACCACUCUUCAAGCCCAACUCAUUUCAGUUCUGGUGUGUCGCUGUCUGAUUUAGCCAAGCAACAGUCUGCAAGCCCACCUCAUUUCAGUUCUGGCGUAUCAUUGUCUGAUCUGGCCAAGCAACACUCUUCAAGCCCAACUCAUUUCAGUUCUGGUGUGUCGCUGUCUGAUUUAGCCAAGCAACACUCUGCAAGCCCACCUCAUUUCAGUUCUGGUAUAUCAUUGUCUGAUUUAGCCAAACAACACUCUUCAAGCCCAACUAAUUUCAGUUCUGGUGUGUCGUUGUCUGAUUUAGCGAAGCAACAUUCAUCAAAUCCAUCAUUAUCACAGUUAGCUAAAGAGCAUAAAGAGAAACAACAAUCAUCUGUCUUAAAGCACGACAUGGAGACAAGCCGUGGUAAAAAAGUGUUAGGAUCAUCACAACAAGGGAACAAAGGCAGUGUUUCAUUUAUCAAAGUGGUCACUGCCAACAACAGGACCAAAACAAAACCUGACUCAGCUGCUCAAGACCCGCUCAAGAAGUUCUCUAUCUCAAAGAUGAAGACAACAAGGCUCAGAACUGAAAGUGAUAAGGAGAAUAUGGAAUCGAACUUUGAAGAUUCAACUCCUUUCAGUGAUACCCAAAUUGCUCAAGAAUUAAUUUGCAACAAGCCAUCUUUCUUUGGCCGGAUAUUGUGCUGUAAAUAUACAGGAAAUGAAGCUGACAAUCACAAUGCACAAAUUAUUAAUUUUAAAAGGUUUUCGUAUAUGCUUCAAAGCAAAGAAAAACCUACUGCUAUGAAAAAACCUCUGCAUGAAAUUGUUCCAUUUUUAUUUUUUACUCCCUCCCCUGAUGACUUAGUCAAGCAAAGACAGUCUGCAGCAUAUUCUCGGACAGGUCAACAAAAAUUUGGCAGUGGUGUAUCAAAACCAGCAUUCACACUAGGGUCACCUCCUAAACCCCCAAGCUCCUCGGCUAACCCUGGAGGUGCACGCUCUAAGAAUGAACCAGUAAGAAAUACAACAGAACCUCCCAAGCAAAAUGCUACACAACAAGCUACAAGGAUGAAAUUCACAGGAAAUAACACUAACAAAACCAAAGGAUUUAAUGUUGAUAAGGACACAGCAAGGACAAAAACAGGCCCAAAAAUAAUUCAUUCAAGUAAAUCGGAACCUAGGUUGUCCAGCCUUAGUACAAAGUUUGCAGUAAAUAAUGAUUUUGAUGUGAAACAGACUCAGUCAGAUGAGGCCGUAACUAAUGAUAGAUUAAGUGCAAUUGAAGUAGAGACAGAUGACUUUUUUAGUAUAACACCCAAAAAGGACAGUCUGGACCCAAACAGUACAGCUGCUAUCCCCAAAAGUUCUUCCAAAUCAGCCAAGAAAAAUAAAGUGAAUACUAAACUGGAGUAUGAAAAAAGAAAAGAUGGAAAAGAUUUACUCAACUUGGUAGUUAUUGGGCAUGUUGAUGCUGGUAAGAGUACCUUGAUGGGCCAUGUUUUAUACCAGCUAGACUGUGUAAACAAACGCACUAUGCAUAAAUAUGAACAGGAGGCUAAAAAGAUAGGGAAGGCAUCCUUUGCGUAUGCUUGGGUCCUGGAUGAAACUGAGGAAGAGAGAGCCAGAGGUGUAACAAUGGAUGUUGCCCAGACUACAUUUGAAACAGACAGUAAACGGGUGACCCUCCUAGAUGCUCCUGGCCAUAAAGACUUCAUACCCAAUAUGAUAACAGGUGCUGCCCAGGCUGAUGUUGCAAUUCUAGUUGUUAACUCAACUAGAGGUGAAUUUGAGACUGGCUUUGAAACUGGUGGGCAGACCAGGGAACAUGCCCUUCUAGUAAGGUCACUAGGGGUUUCCCAGCUAGCUGUUGCCAUUAACAAGAUGGACACUGUUGAAUGGUCAAAGAUACGCUUUGAUGAAAUUGUGAAAAAACUUGGCACAUUCUUGAAACAAGCUGGAUUCAAGGAGAGUGAUGUUACAUAUAUACCAUGUAGUGGUUUGAGUGGAGAAAAUCUUGCAAAACCUGCGACUGAUCCCAAACUGACUGAAUGGUACCAGGGGGCUACAUUGUUAGCACAGAUAGAUAAGUUUAAAUCGCCUGAAAGGCCAAUAGAGAAGUCAUUCCGCUUGUGUGUAAGUGAUGUGUUCAAGGGGACAGGCGCUGGCAUAUCUGUGUCCGGGCGUCUAGAGUCUGGUACAGCACAACCUGGAGACCGUGUCAUUGCAAUGCCCGGGGGUGACCCAGCUAAUGUUAAAAGUGUGAUGAUAAAUGAUGCAGCAGAGGCCUGCGUGUUUGCAGGAGACCAUGCUACAAUCACUCUCACUGGAAUAGAUAUGGUCAACAUUAAUGUUGGUACAAUAAUAUGUGCAUACAAUGACCCAAUCAAGGUUACUAGCAGAUUAAAGGCAAGGGUGGUUAUAUUCAACAUUGAUGUGCCAAUCACUAAAGGAUUUCCUGUGGUUUUCCACUGCCAGGCUGUGACUGAACCUGCACACAUACGUAAAAUAAUUAGCCAGCUACAUAAGAGCACUGGUGAGGUGGUGAAGAAAAAACCUAAGUGUUUAUCCAAGAAUAUGAGUGCUCUAGUCGAGAUAGAAGUUAGUCGGCCUAUAUGUAUAGAGCUGUAUAAGGAAUACAAGGAUCUGGGCAGGUUCAUGCUUAGGUAUGCUGGCUCAACUAUAGCUGCUGGACUGGUCACAGAGAUCAUUGAUCCAAAAUCUAAGGCCUGAAACUGAUGUAAAAUACUUUGGGAACCACUGGGAUUUACUGCCAUAUUGGCAUUAUAUUUAGGACAUUAACUAUUUGUUGGACUAUCUGAAACCAGACAAGAC